GCCCAGUCGCAGCCGCGGCGUGCCCGGGGCCGGAGCUCGGGGGGACCCCGGCAGCGGGCCGGCACCGGCGGCACACCGGACCUGUCCCUGCCACCGCCCCAGCGCCCGGGAGCCGACGAGCUGCGCCCGAAGCCCCGCGCUGGCAGAAGGCUGUUCAGGGGUCAAGCACAGCCCAGCGCCGGCGCCGAGUGCUCCGCUCCCAGCCCGUGUGCAGCGUCACUCCAGCUCGCCGAGCCGAGCCCAGCCGAGCCGAGCGGGAUGGAGCUGCUGGUGUGCGGCGCCUUGCUGGCCGCGCUCGCCGCGGCCCUGGGGCACCCCGACCCCGCGCUGGACUGGCACUGGCAGCUCUGGAAGAAAACCCACGGCAAAGAGUAUCGCCACCAGGAAGAGGAAGGGAAGCGGCGCGCGACGUGGGAGAGGAACCUGCGCCUGGUGACGCUGCACAACCUGGAGCACUCCCUGGGGCUGCACUCCUACGAGCUGGGCAUGAACCACCUGGGAGACAUGACCAGCGAGGAAGUGGCCGCGUUGCUAACGGGGCUGAAAGUUCCCCAUCAGCAAAACCGGACCGCCACGUACCAGCCGACGCCGGGCGCCAAAGUCCCCGACGCCGUGGACUGGCGGGAGAAGGGCUGCGUCACGGCCGUGAAGAACCAGGGCGCCUGCGGGGCGUGCUGGGCCUUCAGCGCCGUGGGAGCCCUGGAGGCCCAGGUGAAGCUGAAGACGGGCAAGCUGCUGUCCCUGAGCGCCCAGAACCUCGUCGACUGCUCCAUGAUGUACGGGAACAGAGGCUGCAGCGGAGGUUUUAUGACCCGAGCUUUCCAGUACAUCAUAGACAACCAGGGGAUCGACUCGGAGGAGUCCUACCCGUACACGGCGCAGAACGGGACCUGCCACUAUAAUGUUUCCUUACGAGCUGCCACUUGCUCCAAGUACGUCGAGCUCCCCUACGCCAACGAAACAGCCCUGAAGUACGCUGUAGCCAAUAUCGGACCAGUAUCUGUUGCCAUAGACGCAACCCAGCCUACGUUCUUCUUGUACAAGUCAGGCGUGUACGAUGACCCCCAGUGCACCCAGGAGGUGAAUCACGGGGUGGUUGUGGUCGGUUACGGCACUCUCAGUGGGAAGGAUUACUGGCUCGUGAAAAACAGCUGGGGUAUGCACUUCGGCGACGAGGGCUAUAUCCUCAUGUCAAGAAACCAUGCAAACCACUGCGGGAUCGCCAGCUACGCCUCUUAUCCACUGAUAUAGGAGUUCUUGCUUCAAAGUGGACUUUCGAGACUUCAGUUAAACUACUGAUGUUUUGCUUGCAUUAAUCUACUGACUUCAAGAAUCAUUUUCUGUCUCUGGGCAAAGUCCUCCUGUUAGAUCAGUCUGUAUUACAGGCAGCAAGGGAAACUUUGUGCGGAUCUGAUAGGAGGAUCCUGGGAUAUGAUUUACAGGCAUUUACUGCCUGCUCUUUGGGAAAAAAGCUUUUCCCAAGUAAAACUGCAAUAGCUGCAGAUUAUAAUGGACAUCACGUUUUCCUCUCUCCAGUUCAGCACUGAGUAUUGCCGCCAUGACACAGAUUUCACUCUCUCCCUGUGCAACAAAUGUAGCUGAAAUUGCAGACUUUCUUUGAAAAAUUAAAGAUCAGCAUCAGUGUCUAAAAA